AGAAGUCUCUCUGCACGCCUGUUCGCAAGCCUUGGCUGUCACUCAGGGAUUCCCCGUUCGUGCCCAAUCACAGUUUCCACACGCUACUGGAUACCGGAGUGGCUGCUACUUCUCUGACCCCCAUUCUCCUCAACCUUUAUGGAUAAAUGAGAAAUCACAGCUGAAAUCCAAGAUUGACAAAGUGUUCUCCUCUAGUUGGUUUGUAAUCAGUCUAUGACAAGAUGACACGGCUACUGUCUGGCCACCCUGAAAUGAUGUUGGAUGUGACACGGUUCUUCACUGGGUUCUCUGGGGCUGUGGGAACUCUGUUCCUUCUUAUCUCCUUUAGUACAGACUACUGGCUGCUAGGUACAGAGUCAUGUGACUCGGAGGUGACUACACUGGUAUAUGGAGGAAUGGCGGUGUUCUACCAUGAGGGUCUGUUUUGGAGGUGCAUCUUUGAGGGGAGAGUUGAGGAAGAAUCCUUCUGGAUAUUCUGGAUAGGUGGCCAGUCAACAUCUAAGACUUGUACUCACACAUAUCUGUUCCCCACACCGGUCCCUGAUCCUGCCACUGCAGCGGUCUCUGAGUCUGCUGAAGUCUACAGGGGGCUAUGGACUGUGUUCAUACUGCUGGGAAUCAGCAUAGUCAUGCUGGCAGGGUUCCUGAGCUUUGGAGCCAGCUUGUCAGGCAGAGCCUCAAUCUAUAAAGCUGUAGGGGGCCUGUUCCUCACAGGUGGUCUUCUGCUGUUGUGUGUACUGGUGAUGCAUGUAGUACGCUUCCAUGGGAUGAAUACUUUAGAGCAGUAUGUUCUCCAGCAGGGGGUGACAGUGUGUCCAAGCUUCCAUCUCAGUGUCCGUUACGGCCCAUCCUUCAUGAUGGCUCCUGUUGGUGUGUUUUUCUGCCUACUCAGUGGAUCACUUCACCUCGCCUUAGAGAGAACCUUGAAUAAAGGGCUGACUCUUCAUGAUGGUGACUGUGAGGACAGACGUGCUCCCCCGUGUGCAUACCUGUGAUACAUGUGUGGAUAUUUGCUCUGGCCUUAAAUUGUACAAAACCCAAACACAAUAAUAUAGUCAGUAAGUUUAAGUUAAA